AAACUCAUAUUUUCAGUUUCAGUUUGUUUCUCAACACAAAACGUAACCGAUUCGUAACUCGUUCCGGUACAUACACACUUAUUUUUACCCUAUCAGGUGGUUAGCAACCGUACUAUAACAAUGAAUUGUCUUGAAAAGAAGGAUGAGCUCCAAGCGCCCUGCACGACCACUAUAGAUCUCAACCCGGGAUCCGGGGAAUGCCCGGUUCCGAUUAUCUGUCCUCUGCCGGAGGAGCCUCGUUCGCACCGGAUGAAGAAGCCCCCUCAGCCGGCGCUCGUGGCCCUCAUCCCACACCCUGACGAGGCCGCCCAGGCGCAUAUUGUCCAGAAUAUAACCGGUCCCGCCCAGGAGCACCAAAAACUGCAGGGAGACCUUCAGGCUGGGGUGGAUCACCAGCAACAACAGAUGGCCGAUAUACGCGCCGAGCAGUACAAGAAGUCGCAAGAACCUCGACAAAUGGAGGAGGUUCAGUUUUCUCGCGCUAUGGAUCCCAAUGCGGACAAUCUUCAAAACCCGCCGUGCUAUCUGCCUCAACAGGGUGACGAUCUGCCGCACAAGGAUCAGCUUAUGCCCAUGGGACCUAUUGGGCCCUGGGCUUCGGGCAAGGUAGACUGGAGCCCCAUGGCGGGAAUUACGGGAACACGGCCUGUCGUGGACCGCUACUCCAUCACGCGGUACAGUCCGAAUGAAUGGCGCGCGAGGAACCAUGAGACGGUUCAGUUGGUCAACGGGGCGACAGGCAGGGCGGAUAGAAACCGAUUCAGCGCUGCCACUGAAUUCCUUCGCCUCUCCGCCAUAGUGACCAAAUCGCAGGACGAGACCACCGACAAGUUGAGGACGCGCUCGCAGCUAAUUGGCAAAUGGAAGAACACUCUGGAGAACGCGAUUAAAGCGAUGGCCGACGAAAUCGCCACCAUGGAGGUGGAGCGGAUCAAACUGCGCAAGUCGAUGGUUGUUCUCGGUGUCCCAGAGUCGAUUGUGAAGGAGUGCAUCGAUAAGCGCGCCACCCGCCCGGACACCGAGCUCGUGCGCGACCACGUGGAGGAGGAGCUGGUCAACGAGUUGGCCCUGAUCGCUGAGAUUCGGCGGCUGCUGAUGAAGACCCUUGAGGACUUCCAGUCUCAGCAGGUUGAGAACCGUACUGCUCGCCAGCGCCUGGAAUAUGACUGGAGUGACAAAAAGGAGGCCUACGAGAUCGACACCCUCAAUACGGGCCUGAACAACAGUUCUCGAACGAUCAUGUUCCGCCCGGGAGCAGUACGCCAGCCCCCCGAGCAGGCCUCCGAAAAGUAUUGGGAGCACUUCAGUAUGGAGACCCUCGACGACUGCGAGAAAUGCCGGGCCAAGUCGGUGGCUCUGCGCAACACCCUCAACUCCAUUAUGAUGAAUGCCGCUAGGGACAUCCGUACCCAAGCGGAUAUAGUGGAGAAGGCCUUGACCUCUAGAAUCAAUUGCACACAGGAGGCAGUGCAGCGAUUCGAGAAUGACUUGCGCAACGUUCUGCAGGAUCUGGCUGACGUGGAGAACCGCAUCGUAAAUAUGCAGCGCCGCAUCGAGUCCUUCGACGCCUCUAUGAAGGUUGCCCAAACGCGGAUGGACAACCGCAGCUAUCGACCCAAUGUGGAGAACUGCCGCGACUUGGCCCAGCAAGCGCUUAUCGACGGCGUGCAUACCAUCCAGAGCAGUGUCUCGGCGAUGUUACACGAAAAGGAGGAGGCGGAAAGAGUCAAGAUCGACCUGGUCACUGCCCGCAGCAAGCUAGAGCGGGAGAUAAUGCUGAAGCGGCGCACCCUCUUCAUCGAUCGCGAGCGUUGCAUGCUCUUGCGGUCCCAUUAUCCCUCGGCCAACACCCUCAGCGGUGCCGGUCAGUGAUAAUAGCUGCUGGGUGAAGGCCCAUUGGCUCCCUUUUUUUGUAACAAAAUUUCUGUGUCUCUUUAGAUAGGUGACUAAAUUUUUAGGUUUGAUUUCCAGGGGAAUAUGAAAGUACUUUUAUUGUGACUAAAUUUGUUAGUGCUCACCCUUUUGAAUAAAAUGCAUUAUGGAGUAUA